UGAUAACCUACGUCCCUAACAAAUUUUCUCGAGUUUGUGACUGAGGGCUCAAUGGGGGGCGCAACCCAGAGAUUGACCUUUUUCUUCGAAGAGAAUCGCUAGUCUAACCGCCCUCCAAUUGGAACACACACAUUUACGAUUGAUUUGAAAACACACGCCACCUGUUAGUCUAGUAGUUAUCCGAUUGGCUACCCGAACCUACUCUAUUUAUUCCCCACUUUUAAAGAUACAAUGUCACACAAUUCGGCGCCGUUUAGACACCCAGGCAACAUCAUGGGCAACGGUGCAACUCCGGUUCCGCUGUCAGGCGCUGCUGCGCAGCGUAAGCCGUCGAUUGCGGAGUUUUUGUCGUCGCCUCCACCGUUAGAGACUCCGGCGAUGUUCGCAAACAACGACGAAAUUUCGCACUUGAGUCUCUCGCGCAACCCGUCCAUUUCGUCCCGUUCGUCCAGCAGCAGUAACUAUUUCCAAGAAUGGCUGGAAAUCCCAUUGUCGCAGUUGAUUGAGAAAAACAAGUUGGUGUUUAUCGACGGAGAUAUGUCUUUUGAGGAGGCGUUCCAGACGCUCAUCACUUACAACUUGACUUCUCUCCCGAUCGAGGCGCCAGCAUCCAACGGCUCGAAAAACCAUUGCCUCACAUUCGACUACACCGACCUAAACACGUAUUUGUUGAUGGUUUUAAACAAGAUCAAGUUCUCAGAUAGCGAAAAGUGCGACUCGCAGUUCUGGUCCAAUGUCGAAAAGGCCCGUAACGGCGGCCAGGUGCCGGUCAAGUUUGUCGCCGAAUUGAACACCAAAAUUCCGCUUUUAUAUUUGAACGAGCGCAUGGCCAACUUGGCCAACGUGGUGGAGAUCUUGGGCCUGGGGAUCCACCGUAUCGCUAUUGUCAACGACCGAGAAAACAUCACCGGGAUUUUGUCCCAGAGACGUUUGAUCCGCUAUUUAUGGGAAAACGCCCGCAAGUUCUCUGGCUUGGACGUGUUAUUCCCCCAGACCCUACUGGAGUUGCUGCUCGGCUCUUCCAGUGUUGUUGCCGUCUACGAGGAUGAGCCUUUGAUCAACGCGCUUUUGAAGAUGCACAACGAAAAAAUGUCCUCGCUUGCGGUGGUCGACCGCAACUUCAACUUGAUCGGUAACAUUUCGGCCGUGGAUGUGAAGCACGUGUCGUCUUCGAAUAACUCCCACUUGUUGAUUAAGUCCUGUAUGAACUUCAUCUCUUACAUUUUAAACCAGCGCGGCUUGGAAAACGGCCAGGACAUUUUCCCAAUCUUCCACGUGCAGGGCAGUAGUUCCUUGGGCAGAACCAUAGCCAAGUUGGUCGCCACCAAGGCCCAUCGCUUGUGGAUUGUCAAGCCCCACAAGAACCUUGCCGCGAUUAAUACCCACGUCCACAGCAACGAAUCGUCGUCGUCAUCCUCUGCAUCAUCCUCCACCGUAGCAGCCAGCACCAGGGACGUUCCGAUCUCUCCAGUGCAGUCACACCAUCACAAACACUCCGACCACGGCGCCGUGCAGUCGAAUCCAGGCACUCCAUCACCGUCCACCUCCGACUUGGAUCACUUGGAUGCUCUGCGUACCGGCAAGCUUGUGGGCGUGGUAUCCUUGACGGAUAUCCUCAACUUGUAUGUGGAAAAGGCCAUUGGCAAGAAGAUUGACCCAACUUCUGCGCGCAAACAGAGAAGAAGAUCGUCCAACUCCACCGUUGGCAGCGCUGCGGGUGGUUUGGAUGAGUUUAGAAGAAGCGCCAGCGGAAGCAUUUCCACCGUUGAUCAUAAUUAAGAGCGGUGGCUGUAUUUUAAGUUCCUGGAGCGUUCUCCUUCUCCAAUAUAGCAAAGUAAAGGAAUUAUCGUAGUGGAAUGCCUGCCUGAGUGGGGAUUGGGAGCCUUUAGUCGACAUUUUCGAGUCUGACUGAAGGCCUUGCAAACUGGAGUGAAGCCACCACAUGGCACCAAGACAUCGCUA